GCUUAGACACCAACUAGUCCUACCGGCAACCAAAUCUAUAAAACCCCCAAAAAACAAACUUAAAGGAAAAUUAUACAAGACAAAAUAGGCUUAGCCUGGGUUAAAGGGGAAAUCCCACCACUAGAAUCUAAAGUAUAGGCAAAGGAAUGUAUAGUAUUUAAUUACCCACCAAAAACAGUAACACCAGACAGUUUAGAAUGGCCCUUCAGAGAUUCAAGUUUAAAUGGACUGAGCAUUUCAACUCUAUUUGGGUGGAAGAAGACUGUGAAAGCCUUACUUUGAAAGAUGAUUUGGAAGGGCUCUAUCAACGCCUUGCCACCAACAAAGAGAUUGUAUGCAUCCCCCCGCAGGCGAUUUUUCUCAAAGGACCAACACUUCCUGACUUUAGUUUCAGCUCAGAAUCCUACAGUAUUGAUGAGCAAGAACAUUUACUAGAUUCACUGUUAUCAAAUCAACUGUUUUUGGCAGAGGUUGUCAGUAGUAAUACACCAUUUGCACAGGUUCUUAUGAAACGGGUUCUUGUACUUCAACGUAUGUACUAUGCGGUUUCACAAAAAUAUCAUGCCAUUUUAGAGAGCUCAACCAUCCCUAUUGUAGCUGCAUUAGAAAACAAAAAAACACAGGGCCCUGAACAUGCAGAAGCAUCUACACCAUUGGGCAGUGAUGCUCUUAUCAAAAUUGGGGUUAAGACUGGUCUCAGUAUGCUGUUCUCAUUGUUCCGUCAAAACUGGGCUCUGGCUACUAGCACUGGACAAGUCUCCUCCUGCAAUGAUGUCCUCAUAACAGCUUUAGAUGUUGUUUCUUCUUUACCACCUUUGUCGCUAGCUAAUGAAAAUAAACUUACCUCAUUAGGUACAGAGUCUCUCAAUUCUGUGACCAAAUUCCUGCGCCUAGCAGCCACCCCACAGUCAGGAGCAGACCUACAGGGUCAGCAGCUUGCCUCUCAACUGAUGCUGGCCAUUGCCAUGCAGCGUGGGCUACUCCACCAUCUGCUGGACUGGGUGGACUUGGCUCUGCAAGUUUCUGCCACUGCUCAGUGUGAGGCUAAGAAAGGUGUGGAGAAUAAGUAUGGCCGUACCAACAAUACAUUUUUCAAAGCUGUUUUAGCACAGAUGAUUGAAAAACCAACAGGCAGUCAGAGCAACUCUAGUCGAGUGGCUAGAACACCUCUAUCUGUUGAUCAGGAAGGAAUGAUCCCCAUGUUUGAAGCUGCUAUGUUUCUUCUGGAGGAGCUCCAUUGUGCUGCUGAUGAGUACACCAACACAGGGAGUGGCCCUAUUGAGUACAAGCCUUCAGCUCAGGCAUCCAAUGGUAACAAAGCAAGCCAGAGCUCACCUGCAAGUGUCUAUGUGUGGGGGAGUAACAGCAGUCAUCAGCUGGCUGAGGGCAGCCAAGAGAAGAUUUUGACCCCAAAGAUCACCACCGUGUUUGCUGACUGUCAGCAGGUAGAGGCUGGUCAAUUCUGCUCAUUCCUGCUGCACCCAGAUGGAAGUGUGAGUGCUUGUGGGAAGGGCAGCUAUGGCCGCCUUGGUCUAGGAGACUCCAACAAUCAGACCAUGCCCAGAAAGUUAACAUUUGACCCACCUGCAGUCAUUAAAAAAAUUUCAUCUUCUAAAGGCUCAGAUGGACAUACACUAGCUCUCACAACAGAUGGUGAACUCUUCAGCUGGGGAGAUGGUGACUAUGGAAAAUUAGGACUUGGUGGAAAUCAUACACAGAAAAGUCCUAAACUGAUCCAGGGUCCCUUAUGUCAAAAGGUAGUGAAGUGUAUGUCAGCAGGUUACAGACACAGUGCAGCAGUAACUGUUGAUGGUCAGCUUUACACAUGGGGUGAAGGAGACUAUGGUCGUUUAGGCCAUGGAGACAAGACGUCAAGAAAUGUUCCAAAGCAAGUGAAGGACAUCGGACCAGUUGGGCAAGUCGCUUGUGGCAGUUCCCACACACUAGCAGUGUCCCAAGAUGGCAAAACUGUUUGGUCUUUUGGCGGUGGAGACAAUGGUAAGCUAGGCCACGGAGACAUGAAUAGACAAACAAAACCAGCUGUGAUUGAGGCUUUCUGUGGGAUGUAUAUUCGCAAAGUAGCAUGUAGUAGUCAGGCAUCGCUUGCUCUCACAUCCACUGGACAGGUUUAUGCAUGGGGUAGUGGCUCAUGCCUAGGAUUUGGACUAGCAGAUUUCACUGCCAUGUCCCCAAAAUUGGUUGAAGAUCUGCAAGGCACAAGAAUCAUGGAUAUAACAUGUGGAGACAGUCAUUGCUUAGCUCUUUCUCAUGAUAAUGAAGUAUUUGCAUGGGGCAACAAUGCUAUGGGGCAAUGUGGACAAGGGCACGCACAAAGUCCUGUGACAAGACCACGUAAAGUUAUUGGCCUCGAGGGCGCUCACAUUCAGCAGAUUUCAGCUGGCACAUCUCAUAGUGUUGCUACAACCGCACUUCCAUAUGACCGCCAAGUGAUUGCCUGGCACAGGCCUUUUUGUGUGGACCUCCAGGAAGCAACCUUCACUGUUCUCAGCACUUUCUUGGAGCACUACUGUGAUGGAUUUGAUAACCCUGAGGCACCCCCACCAUUUGCUAACAAACAACAACAUCAGCAGUUUGUUUUACUCUGCCUGAAGCUGCUUUCUUCUCACCUGUCCCUGGCUCUCACCUGUGGUCUGGGUAGUGAAGUCUUAGGCAAUCAGACGAGACCACUGCGGGUUCUGCUCUUCAGGCUAGUGGACACCAACACACCAGAGCUCAUUCAGAAGACUGUUACAGACACUCUGUCCAUCGGUGCUUCCUUGCUACUACCACCACUACGUGAGAGGAUGGAGCUCCUGCACUCCCUACUACCCCAGGGUCCAGAUAGCUGGGAAUCUCUGACCAAAGGACAGAGGAUGCAGUUGAGUAUAAUUUUGACCAGCUUACAAGACAACCAACACAUAGCAGCACUGCUGGGGCUAUCCAACCAGAGGAUUGAGAACUCUCUUGUCUUUUCUGACACUGGCGCCUCUGAGCUGCAGCUGGCGGAACUUUUAAUGAAAACUAUACUGAGGAAUCUUGCUGCACACACGGAGAGGCUGCUGAAUGAACUCAGUACUGACAACACUCUACAUUCUGAUGGCUGUGUUGAGUCCUCCCCACCUGCCAAUCUCCACCACCUGUUGUCUUCACUUCAAAAACAUUUGCUGGCUUACUGCUAUAAUAAAUCUUUAGCUGAUAAAAAGCUGCCUCUUGUAUUCAAACAUCUCCACCAACAUCUUCUGCUUCUAAUCCCUGUAUGUGGUGACAUCAUCACACACACUGUUACUGUGGUCACCAAGUUAAAUGGAUCGGAGGAUGUCAUUGAACAAGUUGAAGAUGUUGUCCUUCAGUCCCCUGCAGGUAAAAUGUUGACCCAUGUGAUGAAUGCCAUGCUGGUGCUCCCACUGCCCCUUGUGAUGCCUGUUCUUCAUCAGAUUCUAACCUUACUGCCUCAGAUGGACAGGUUGUGUAAGCUCUUACCCGGAGCUGCACUCCUUGAGGAGUCAGAGCUAGAGUUUAAGAGAGAAGAGGGUGAAGCUCAGAACCAUCAGAAGCCCUGGUCAUGGCUGAUUGACCUAGAGAGGACCUGUGGUCUGGUGGUGGGCAGCUGCAUAGGUGGGAUGCUCCACGGGCCACCUCAAGCACAGUGUGAAGUUGAGUGCGACCAAUGGCUCAACUCCUUGCUCUUUAGCAAUGGUCUACAAUCUGCCACACAACUGAAGAAGAUUAGCUCCCUGGUGUCUGAGAUGACAGUUGAAAGCCCUGAGUCCCUGUCCAGCCUGUGUAAAGAUCCCAGCAUGGACGCUGAGACCUCGGCUCUGCUAGAUCUGGCCUUGGGGGGUCCUAAUGACACCAACAGUCAGCUGUUGGCCAUGAUGGUGGACUUUGCUUUGCAUCAAGAUUUGAACACAUGUGAGCUGAGAGAAGAGAGAUGGUUAGACCUGGUGACCAGAUUUUUCUUAGCUGCAUUACUCAAGCAUUGCAAUUUGUGGAAACACAUUCAAGAGCAUGACUGGCCUGUGAAGGAGUUGGAAGCCAUUUUCCUCAUGGUCUACAAAAUUCGUAGCGUGCUUGUCUCGUUCCGUUGCCGCGGCCAGGAAGAGGACUCUGACAAAACCAUAGUGGGUCAAAGGUCAACUGACAGCAAACCAGACCAGCCCCAGAGUGAGGGCAGGGAGGACGAGGUCAUGUCUGAAAGCCCAGAACAUUCCAGGGGUGAAUUGCUGGAUGAGAACAUGGACCACGACUCUGACCAUGAGCACCAUGAUACUGAUGCUGAUGAAGAGCAGCAGUCUCCAUCAAGGAUUUUACCCCUGGAGAAAAAAAAUGAGUUAUCCUAUGAAGAAAUGUGCUACAAGUAUUUAGAAAAGUGUAUAUUUUUGUUGCUGUGUGUCAGACCUACUCUCUCAGGUGAUUCUAAUGAGUUUCUUCAAAAAUCACCUGUUAAAACCACAAGAGGCAAUGAUACAUCUGAGAUUUCUCCGAGAAGGAUCUUGACAAGGCAAGGGAGCUUACCUGACAUUCCAUCUGAUGUCCAGGAAGAACAUCCGCCAGUGUUCAGAGAAGGCAUGGGCACUCCCACCCCAAGCUCAAUUCACCUCAGACACCAACUUGGUCCAAACUUAAACUCCUUACAAAAAGUGAAAGAGAUGCUGCGUCGACUCCGAUGGCGCCAGGAGAGGAUGAACGCCAUUGGCUCAGGCCAGGGCUGGAACCAGCAUGAACUCAGCAGCCUGCCAGAGAACCGCGUGGUGACUGAUAUCCUCCAGUUUGUGUGUGGCGAGCAGAAGAACAACUACGUGGACUCCUUGGAUGUGGAACAACUGGUCAAGGCUAUGGAGCUUCAGCAGGAGAGGGCUCAGUCCAGACUGUACGCACUCAACCAAAUAGUGGAGCUGCUGACCACAGGUAAAGACAAGGACAAGGACGUGAGCCAGCACAGCUCCCCCAACACAACUCUGCUCAACUCUGUCCAUCUCCAGCUGCUUGCUGGCUGCUUUGGUCUAUUGAUUUUACGUCCAGAUUGUAGCGCUGUCUCCAACCAACUGUAUCACUACCAGGAUGGCAUCAAGGCAGCCUCAGCACAAACACAACAAGAGAUCCAGCUGGUUGUCCACAGAAUCUAUGAAGUGUUGGUGGUUUCCUUGAUUGAGAUGAUGAAGAUGGAGAACAUUGGCCAUUACACCAAGAAGUAUUUAAUGCUAUCAUCCAUCCUGGCACUGAGCGUCAAGUACAAACCAGUGGACGUGUCCCUCACAGUCUCGUGCGGGCUCCCACCAGUACUCCUGGAGUUGUGUGGUACCAACAGUAUCCAGAACUCUCACACACUCCCACCUGUUACUCUUCUUCUGGAACCUUCUCACCUCUCCACCAUCCUGGGAGUGUCUAGUCUUAGGCUUCUACAGAUCAUUGCAGUUACUGUUGGCACCUAUGCUGAUCGAUUGAGUGGUGGUGUGGUACAGUCAGUCAUUGAGUUGCUAUGGAAACAACUGGAUGGACUUCUACAGCACAAACCCAUUCCAUCAUCAGAUACUUUUGACAAGCAGAUGAACCAAGUGAGGUUAUCAACACUGGCAGACCUGUUGGUGUUUUUAAGACAUGUCAUGGCCACCAGAGGAUCCCAGCGACGCCUCACUGAGUGGAGAUGGGUCAAGUGUUUGAUUGACCUGGGCUGUGGUCAAGACAGAGAAGGCCACUUGUGUUUUGACAGCCUACGUGUGCGUAUCCUUGCCCUGCAGCUGCUGGGUGCAGUGCUACCUGCACUUGAUAUGCAUCAGGAGAACGAGUAUAAGACAAAAGUGGUGAAUAUCCUGUUCUCUAGCCUGGCCAGCAUGAUGUGGAACAUACCUGUAACUAAAGCCAUCACCUGCGCAGAGAAGAAGAGAAACUUCCUCAUCACACAGAUUGAGGCCACCAAGGGCAAGCAGCAGCAGUCUGGGAGCAGGCCGGCACCAGAUUCCAACAGCUCCACCCCCACCUCGGAGCAGAGUUCUCUACCUGCUCUCUUGGCCCUGACCGCCGGGUCAUCGACCGGUUGUCCGUCUCUGGACAGCGUGGUGAUUCCCAGUGCUGCGUUUGAUGCUGACCGCUGCGUGGCGUGUACGGUGGAGACUGGCCACACCCUAGUUCAUGGGUCAGGGGGUCGGGGUUAUGGGCUGGGCAGUACUGUCAUGACUUCUGGCUGCUAUCAGUGGAAGUUCUUGAUAGUUCGAGAGAAUCGUGGUAACGAGGGCACCUGUGUGGGUGUGUCCAAAUGGCCUGUCCGAGACUGUGGUCACCGCACCACUGGGGACAUGUGGCUGUACCGUGCCUACAGCGGCAACCUGUACCACAACGGAGAAACCAGCUCCACACUGUCCAGCUUCACCCAAGGGGAUUACAUCACAGUCAUACUAGAUAUGGAUGCUAGAACUCUGGCCUUUGCAAAAAAUGCAGAGGAACCGCGACUGGCAUUUGAAGAUGUUGAUGCUACGGAGUUGUACCCCUGUGUCACAUUUUACAGUAGUAGCCCUGGGGAGAAGGUGAAAAUCACAGACAUGCAUCUGAGAGAGAGCCCUAGGGAGCUGUUGGCCGGGUCCCCCAUGUGCGCCCCGUCUGUGGCCGUGAUGACAGAGUCCAUGAUCAACCUGAUCCGCAGCCUCCACAGUGUGCCAGCGUGGGCCAGCUCCAUCAGCGAGCACAUGUGUCAGGAGUUGCAGGCCCUGCAUGGCUGGACCACGGAGAUGCAACAGAGUCCAGCUGUGGGGGACAAGAUGUUCUCCCAGAGGGGUCGGGAUGAUGAGAACAAGACCAGUGACAGCUGUGAGGAGAAGACAGAAGCUCCAGUGUGUAGCUCUAACAAUGAAGAGAAACCAAAAAAAGAGAGUGAGAAAAAGAAGGAUAAACUGAAACAUGAGAAAAAAAUGAGUCGAGACAGUCACCUGGCCUGCCCUGUUGACAACCUAAAGCUGGAACAAGCCUGCAACAGUAUUUGGCCAUGUUUGGCUGUUAUUGGGGGUGUGGAUCAUGGCUUAAGAAUUGGAGGUAGAUGUAUCCAUAAAGCUACAGGCAAGAAGGGCAUUGUGUUAGGCCUACCUAGAGAAGCAGCAAUCACAGCAAAAGUACAGUGGGAUGAAGGGGAUAGCACUGUCAGUGAUACUGUUCUGUCAAAUUUGGAACCCAUGGAAGGAGAAAUCUUUGAUGUGUCCCUGCUGUCAGGCUUCCAGUCUCACCACCUGGAUGCUCUGGUUAAAAUAGCUUUCCUGAGGGACUCAAGGACACGCUCGGACAGCGCCACCUUCAGGCCUGGGGACCUGGAGAAGCACAGGGACCAGCAGGAGAUGGAGGCUGUUGCAGCAGCCAGACAACGAACUAAAGAAAGGUCCGAGCUGCUGAUGAGAGAACUGGACAGGGACAUCUCUGCUAUGCUGGACGAGGACCUCAGCGCACCAGACCACAACGCUGAUAAAAAAUCAGCAGCCGAGGAAGUGUGCAGGCAGGGGAAUCGUUACCCGGUGUUCUCCCCAAUGGAUAGCUACAGCAUCUUAGAGCCACCCCGAGCCAUCAUGAGGAGAGAGAUGAGGGCCGUCAGCGUGGACUCUGCUGACACAACCAUCACGGCCACCUCCCCCCAGAAACUCGCCCACCCCAUCAGCUCAUCUGAGAUGAACCUCAAUUCAGACCUGGACCGGCUCUCCCAACUGGGCAGUCAGACGUCCACGGCUUCACAGAACUCCAAACCAGAGACUUCCCAGUCAGUUAGAACGGAACCUGAGAUCGACUCUGCCUUUGUAUCAGACUUCCCUAUUUCAGAGUUCUCCAGUACACCUUUAGUUGAGCCAUCCGCGUCCACUAAACCACCUGGAGCUACCAAACCCAACACCUUACCUGCAGACGACGACCGGUCUCACAGAGUUCCAAAUUACAGUAAACCUCACGCGCCAUCCUCUGACCUGCCCAGCUUCAGCCCAGAGAAGAUGAACAGGGAAAAAGAAAUUCAUGUCUUGAAGUUCGCCGCCCUCCAGUUGUCAGCCGUCAAGGCACUGUCGGUCCUGGCCUCCAGCGAGAGGUUUGCGGAGCUGCUGCUUGUGCCCAGGAUUGGCUCCAAGGACAACGUGGUGGAGAAACAGCUCCUGGAUUCACUGGGGAUCCACAAGGAUGAGGCCAUGAAAGCCUCCCUCAGACAGAUGAUGAGGCUGUUUGUGACCCGCUCAACCUACCCUUCCCCAUUCAAAAGGGCUGUUCCACUGACUGAAAUUGAGAGAGCUUUUAGUGUGUUGCAUAGCUCCAUUAUACAGCACAUUGCUGAGGAUAGAUUGGGAGUUAUGUCCCUUGAAGACAAAGUAACCUCUCUGUCAACCAUGAGCAAAAGGCGACUUGACCUGCAUCUCAAUGAUUUACCAAUGGCUGUGCCCAAAAAGAUGCAGGCCAGUGACACCCACAUGCCCGGCAUGGCUUCAUCCGCUGAUGGGAGUGACACCUCCUCAGCCUUUGGAACUAGUCACCAAACUUCCAUCCUGCAGUACAUGCGAACAAGUUCUAGUGCUGAAGACAUGCGGGGGUUUACGAGGCGUAUGUUAAAUGCACUGAAGCCGAGUGGCGUACCUGUGAUAUGCACAUCUACACCCACUCCCGCUCGCAGACCCCAGCCCCCUAAUCCUAUUAGAUCUCGUUCCCCCUCACCUCCCCCGCCACCAAUAGUGACCCCCUUGCUGGAAAUGGGUUUUGGACUUCAGCAUAUUAAGCAAGCUCUCACAGCUACAGGUGUCACAGGUAGGGAGGUAUCAGCCCGCUCCACCAACCUGCUAGCCACCUGGAUGCUAGAACAUCCCAUAGAGCCAGAGGACCCAGACCUGCAUGACAUGGAUGUUGGGCUGAGGGACAGCAUGCCCCCAUUUAGUAUUCUACCAGAGGAGAUUGGCAUGGCUCCUCUUGUGUCUGAAAGAGAGAUGGCCAUUGAGGCCUUGUCUGAACGCUUAGACAGUCUGAUGCUCAGCGAGGACUCUGAGGAAGAAACUGAAGAGUAUGAUGAGCUUCCAAGACCCAGUCUGUCCAGGCGACCCAGACGCCUCACCCGUGGCAGACAUGUCGACAUCCGGAGUUUUCUCACUGCUGCUGCCAGAGAUCGGCGCAGUAAUCGCCCUGAAAGGCGUCAGGAGGUUGGAGAAGCACGGCCAAUGUUUGACAUCUAUGACGACUUUGACCUUCAGGAGGAUUUCUUUUUAGAGGAUGGUCAGGACUUUGAUGACAGCUUGUCCCUGGAGGCUGCUAGAGAAACUGCCAAGGCUAUGUCAGUUUUGCGCUGGAGGCUGGAACAGAGCAACACUGUCAAGUGUGAGAUCUGCAACAUUGAUGUUCAAGCUUUCAAUCACCACAUGAGGACCACACACCCUGGCUGUGGCAGUAGCAGCCGUGGCUAUGGUUACCGCAGUCUUGGCCUGUAUGAGAGUGGUUGGUUUGAUGGUGCAUGUGGGACUGGAACACCUUUCUACCUCAUGUGUCAAACUUGUCGGGAAAACGCCAUACAGGCUCACCAAGAACAGAGAGCUGCCAAGGCCAGUGGAGGUGCAACAGGCACACAGUCCAGCUCUGACAGAAGUUCAGUAACCCCAUCACAGCUUGCUGGCUUAGCUGCCCCUGACUUGCUGGGUGUGUCAGAAGGCAAGCAUGAAGAUGAAAUGCCACUGACGCUAGAUGACCAGCAGGCUCUGCCCACACUUGACCACCAGAAACUCCUGCCACGCUUAGGACUGUCUGAGAACAAACCAAUCCCAGACCCAGUGAGGUUUACAGAGUUUGAUCCCCUUGGUGCCUGCACUAUAACAACAGUCAGUGUGGAGACAACUCCGUCUAAUGCUGGAGCUCUGGCUGGCUCUGUCUCAUCACUGGGAAGUCGAUCUAAUCCAGAUAUUUCAUUAUUUCCGUCCAUAUCAAGCAUGUACCUGAUGGGUGUCACAUCUGGGGCUAUACCCAAAAGCCUCAAGUGUGAUGUCAAACAGAAGAGUCUGGGAGAGCAGGCAGCUCACCUCAGUAAGAUGUCUGAUAAAGUCUUGGCCCUGCGGAGCUCCGUCAGCGCUGCCCAGACACUGGUGGCACGGGCGGUCAGCAUGAAGAUACUCUCAUUUCUAGCACAGAGUGGCCAAGCUUGUAGUUUAUCUGCUGCGUUGGAGCAAAUUGGUCUGGCAGACAUCAUGCAGAUUGUCAGGCUGAUGUCACUGUGUGCGGCAGGGAAGAUGGAGCUACUGUGUAAGUCCUCACGCAACGACGAGUCUGCCAAGCACCUCAACCAUCUUACGGCUGCCAUUGGGGCUCUGAUUGAGGAGAACCCUGCUGCCCUGAAGCAGCUGAUACAGCUCUGUACUCAAGAGCUAAUGAUGGCGUCUAUGGGGAUGGGCACAAGUGGAAUAGAAGAACACACCACCCACAGACUCCUCCCAUCUCCCCGUGGGGGUGAGUCCACAGCAUUUGCUGUCACCCAGGCUUUAGUCUCCCUGUUGGCCCAAAAGGGCUGGAGCUACAAGCUUCUUCAGGCUCAACUUUCUGCAGACAAAGUGUCCCCCACUCCACCUGAAUCUCCGUCCAAUGACCUGAGUAAGUGCUCUCACCUUCAAAUGAUCAAUGCCCUAUCUGCCUGUGUCAUAUCUGCCCGUAUGCCCCCACACCACAGGCAGUGGUCAGCUAAACAGUUGGUUCGGGCCUUAUCUGCUUAUGGUCAACAAGUGACAGCAGGGUCAGAUAACCAAGUGGACCUGGGUGGGGACAUGCCAGCUUGUCCACUGGUCAAACUAGAAGGUCACCAAAACAGACUGAAUGGGUGCUGGUGGAGCGCCCGUAAAGGCUACCUGGCUUCCAGUGGCUAUGAUGGCACAGUGAGGAUAUGGAGCCUACCCAACAAGACCCAUCAGUUCCUGCAACAGACCUGCAUCUUCAACAGGGGCAGGGAGAACAGUGUGGAGGAGCUGGACGGCAACCAGAUCAACAUGGUGUGCUGGAGCAGCACUGGCAAGCUGUUGGCUGGUUGCAUGGACAACCUCGUCAACAUAUGGAUGAUUGGAGGUGGAAGAGGUCAUCUAAUAGAACAACCUCAGUGGGUUACAGCCCUAGCAUGGCCAGGCAGCAAAGGAAUGUUUGAAGGACGCAUUGGGCUGUUGGGCGACUCGCUGCUGGUUGGUCGGCAUGACGGCACCAUUGGCUUCAUUGACAUGAUCGACAGCAGUACCUACAGGAGUUUUGACCUGGAGCAUUGCAGACGUCGAAAUGUGUCAGUGACAUCGAUUGCGUGGUACGAGGAGGACAGGAGAUUUGCUGUUGGCUACAGCGAUGGUGUCAUCUCCUUGUGCAGCCGUGAAAACUUUGAACAGCCUGUCAAUAUUGAUGCUCAUAAAUCCUCCAUCUCAUCCCUGAACUGGGACCCAACUGGCUGCUUGCUGUCCAGCCGGGCAGUCUCUGAUGAUGAGCUGCAGGUGUGGCUGGUGUCCAAUGACACAAGCUUCUCCGCCUGGUCACGCUACCAGCACACCACCGCAGUCACUGACUCCAGGUGGUGCAACAUGGUCGGCCUAGGCUCCAACAAGCGGCUCAUUCUGGCUAGUGGUUGUGAAGAUGGUAUGAUCUACAUUUGGACCGUUCUUCAACCAAGUUCCACAACUCUUCCAACACGGCCUUGGACUAGUGCUGAACCUUCACCACUGGGAGAAAAUGAAACCCAGAACAACGACUCCCAGCCCAGGACAAGUAAGGCCAGGAAGAAGGCAGACGUGACACUGUGUGGCCACAUCGCACCCAUUUCAGCCCUGGCUUUCAGCCCAGAUGGCCUCAUGUUGGCCAGUGGCUGUUCUAAAGGCUGGUUGAACAUAUGGUCAAUUCAGGACAAGUGUCUCAUGCAAACUUACACUGGCACUGGAUCAGUUAAAACACUGGAGUGGUUUGCAGAGCGCAGCCUAGCUGCAUGUUUUAGCAGAUGCAAGGAUGUUGUAAUUCUGAACUACUCAACUGAACUGUACCACACAAAUCGUGUUGUUGCUCUGGCUCGCAAGUCACUGAAACAACAAGGCAUCAUGGGGCUGAGUCAGGCAAACUGCUUUCUUAGCCUGCUACAGAAGCUUCCAUCAAUGCUUCUUGAGCAAUACCAGCAUGAGAAGAGCCAAGUGCUAUCAGGGGACCAACUUCAACACAGUCAAUACUUGCAGUGUCUGACCUCCAUGGCAGUCAGCCUACAACUGGACUCAGCCUUGUGCUUCUCACCUGCACCCCUGCACCAUCGCAGCCUUGAGUCAGACAUGGAACACAUAGUGAAGGACUGGCACUGGCUCCUGAGCUACGCCUGCGCCAUCAAGUCAGCUGACUCCCUCCUACGCAGACAGCCUUUCCCUCCAACCUUCAAACUUCUAAACAAAGAGAAAAUCAAAGCAGAAUUUGAAACUCAAUCCUAUGAUAAUAAACAAUGGGACUUAACAUCAGAUAGUCAAAUCAUGUCAUGGGCAACACAGCAGCCAGAAGAUUGGCAGACUGGUGGAAGUUUUUUCAGAUGUCAGUCGUUUAUGUGGGGUAGUGGAAGACAUGGACAGAUUUGUGAAGGUGGAAGAGUUGCUUUGUUGCCCAUUAAAAUACCCUCUCUCUCCAAUGCACAGCAGAUAGUCUGUGGCCAGAACUGUACAUUCAUCAUCAUGCCCAACGGCUCUUUAAUGUCUUGUGGAGAAGGGAGUUAUGGAAGGCUUGGCCAGGGAAACUCUGAUGACAUCCAUACCCCAACAGCCAUUUCAGCCUUGCAAGGUUUUAUUGUUGUGCAAGUGGCCACCUCAGCAGGUUCAGAUGGACACAGCUUGGCCCUAACAGAGAGUGGUGAGGUGUUCAGCUGGGGGGAUGGGGACUAUGGAAAACUUGGACACAACAACAGUGAGAGGCAUAAGAGGCCCAAGCAGAUUGAGGCUCUUCAAGGGGAAGAAGUUAUUCAGGUAUCAUGUGGAUUCAAGCACAGUGCUGUAGUCACAUCUGAUGGUAAACUCUACACAUUUGGCAAUGGCGACUAUGGGAGGCUGGGCCACGGCUCCACAGCUAACAAGAAAGUCCCAGAGAGAGUCAUGUCAUUAGAAGCUUUUCAGAUUGGAAUGGUGGCCUGUGGUCUGAACCACACACUGUGCAUGUCAGCUGAUGGGGGCAUCGUCUGGGCAUUUGGUGAUGGAGACUAUGGGAAGUUGGGUCUAGGCAACAGCUCUCCCAAGUCAGUGCCUACCAAGGUGGAGUUACUCAAAGAUUUCAUCAUUAAAAAAAUUGCGUGUGGAACCCAGUUCUCCGUCGCGCUGACCACAGAUGGACAUGUCUACACCUGGGGGCAGGACCGCAUGAUAGGCCAAGGAGAGACACAGUGUGUCAGCCAUUGUAAACCUGAGCAGGUGAUGCCUUUGUCUGGCUACUUCAUCGAUGACAUCACCGCAGGCGCUGAACACACUCUGGCCCUGGCUGUGUCUGGCCAGGUGUGGGGGUGGGGCAUCAACACUGACGGACAGCUGGGCUUGGGUCACACUAACUCUCCUGUGAAGGAACCAACUCUUCUACCUCAGCUAACAGACCAGAACAUUAAACAGAUCUCAGCGGGAAGGAGUCAUUGUGCUGCCUGGUCUUUCCCGCCUCCACCCAAGCGUGUCCCUGGAGUGCCAGCACCCUUACAGCUGGGGCUUCCUGAAAACAUUCCCCCGCAGUACACAUCACUGCAGUCUGUGCCUAUAGAGGCUAUUAGAAGUAGACUCAUUGUGCUUCACCAUUUUAGUGAUCUCGUCUACUCAUCUUGGAGGCUACUCAAUCUCAUUCCAAAAUCAGAUUAUUGUUGUGGUGAAUCUGAGGUACCAGGGAUAUGUGAAGGUCCACUGCGACCUUUGCUGUCCCCUCGUGUUUACACUCUUCCCAUGGUUCGGGCAAUCAGCAAAACAAUGAUACAAAGCAAAAACUGUGGACCCCAGAUAACUGUCAAACGUUUGUCUACCAGAGGUAAAAAGUGCCGUCCAGUGUACACCCAGAUAGCACAGCAGGUGGUCAAACUAAAAGCUGAUGACCUCAGGCUGCCAGCCAGGGCAUGGAAGGUCAAGUUGAUUGGUGAAGGGGCAGAUGAUGCAGGGGGUGUCUUUGAUGAUACUAUCACAGAGAUGUGCUUGGAACUGGAGUCUGGAACUGUCCCAUUACUAAUUCCUACACCAAAUGCUAAAAAUGAAUCAGGGAAUAACCGAGACAGGUACCUUCUAAACCCAUCCCUGUCUGUGGAUGAAAAUGCAGCCUUGUUCAAAUUUCUGGGCAUUCUGUUUGGUGUGGCAGUGAGAACUAAAAAACCACUGGACCUGCAUCUUGCCCCGUGUAUAUGGAAGCUGAUUGCUGGCAUUCCACUUAAAGUGGAUGACUUGGAGGAGGUUGAUCACUUGUACAUACAAAGUUUAAGAGGAAUCAAAGAAAUCCAUGAAAGUGGAAUCAAUGAAUUCAACUUCCAUGAGUUCAUCCCAAUUGACACAUUUGAAGGCCAGAGCUCCAGUGGUCACAUGGUGCCAGUGGUACCUGGAGGCCAGAGUUUACCUGUCCAUUUCCACAACAGGAAUGAGUAUGUUGACUGUGUGCUACAGUACAGGCUGCAUGAGUGGGACAAACAGGUGUCACUGAUCAGAGAGGGCAUGGCUGGAAUUAUCCCAGUCCCUCUGCUGACUCUUCUGACAGCCCCAGCACUUGAGAAGCUGGUCUGUGGCACUGAUGAGGUCAAUAUUGAGGUGCUUCAGAAGGUCGUCAGGUAUCGUGGCAUUGAUGAAAACCAUGUCUUGGUUAGGUGGUUUUGGGCAGUACUAGACAGUUUCACUAAUGAGGAGCGUAUUCAAUUUUUGAGAUUUAUUUCUGGACGUACAAGGUUACCCAGCAACCCAGCAGACAUUACCCAGCGUUUCCAGAUAAUGACUUCGGACAGGGGUAGAGACAGCUUGCCCACAUCGCAAACGUGCUUCUUUCAGCUGCGCCUACCAGCGUACAGCAGCCAAGCAGCUAUGGCAAGCAAGCUGCGCUAUGCUAUCAACCACUGCCGCUCUAUUGAUAUGGACAAUUACAUGUUAGUACGUAACACUGAGACCAGCCAGGACUCUGAUGAUGAUGUUGUGUAACAUACAGGGAUGAUAACCUAACAUAUAGGACGCAAGAGGAGGGGGUUUAAAAGAACCAAGUCAUCAGUUUCACAGUCGCACCCUUCUUCUCACGAUAGUCAGAGGCUUUAAAUGUUGAGCUUACUUAUUCACUGUUGAAACCAAAUGGAUGUUUUGUUUACAGAUACUUUGCUUGUUCCCAACUAUUGUUUUUUCUUGAUGCUGAGCUGUGUUGGUUCCCUGGUUAAAGAUAUGGUUUGAGUCUUGGCCUUCACCUACACAGUGAAAUGUUGACCUUUACACACCUACACAGUGAAAUGUUGACCUUUACACACACACACAGUGAAAUGUUGACCUUCAACCACAUUGUGAAAAUUGACCUUUUACCUACAAAGUGAAAUGUUGACCUUCACCCAUUUAAAACAAAGUGUUGACCUUCACCCCUUGAAUAUUUGACCUGAACAUUGUUUUAUAAAAUUGCAUUCAGUGAAUUCAGUGAUUGUCCAUAUGCUUGGUGUUGAUAGACAAACAGUAUUAUUUAUCCCUUAAUUAAGAUGUAAUUACUCAGUUUUCUACAGGGAGAAUCAGAACUCUGUUAACAUUAUCCACUAAUUAUGUUUAUUUAAUAUAUGUUUCUUGCUGUUUCUUUUGAUGUUGUGCCACAAAAGGAUUUGUUAUAUUAUAAGAUAACAUUGCAACAUCUAUGGUAAAAAAAAAUUAAAGAUCUAACGCCAGAAAUUCGAGACAUAAUUUUUUACACCAUUUUUAAAAAAUAGCUUUUUAAUUUGCUGAUUUUGUUUAUUAAUUUUGUAUGAUGUUCCUUAAACUACUGGUUAAAAAGAUGAAUUUUAUAAAAUGCCUCCAUUACACAAAACAAAGAAUUGAAAUCAAAAUGAAAAUUGUAUAAGGUUAACAGUACACCCAAUUUCUAAGUGUUUGUGUUGUGGUGUUACCUGUUGUCUGAAAUAAUUCCACUGUGAUUCUACAGGUAUGUCAUCAGAUGUUUGUUUUUUAUUUCAUAAACCACUAAACCAAAUCUUGUACAGACUACACCUUAACAUAAACCACCCAUCUGAGGACUUUUACUUUGUAAAGAUCACUGAUCAUUUUUUUUAAUAUCCAUUCCACUUUAGUAAAAUAUAAAUAGGUCUUCCCUUGUUGAAAUUAUUGAAUUGAAGAGAACUUUGUUGUACCUAGAGCUUCAGCUUCAUUAAGAAUUGACCAUCUGUAGUAAAGAGAUUUACCAGCUGCAGAAAGUAAAUACCAUCUAAUCAAUACAUUUCCAUGUUUAGUUUGAGCUAUGAGAUAUUAUCUUGAUGGUAGUAAGCAGAGAAGCACAGGGUUGUGUAUUAUUUACCUGUGAUGUACACUUUGGUACAGCACCUGGUAAAACUUUGUUGCCAAAGAGAGCAGUUGUUGAGUCCACUUCCCUAGCUACAUCAAGCCUCGCUGAAAUUGAUUAGUUAGGUAUAAAUAGUCAGAGAGUAGUAACUGAUGUAAGCUAGGUUUUUGUUGAACAUUUGUUCUUUUUAACUCUGUGUGAAAUAAGUUACUCCAGAAAAAGUCACUUUAUUUCUGAGGCUAGGAUAUUUUUUUUUUUAAAUUGUUCCUGACAGAUAGACAUCUGCCUGCAAUGGGUUGUUUUUUUUUUAAAGAAAAAGCAGCUUUAUAUCUAAGGCUAGGUUUUUGUUCAACAUUUGUUGACGGCAUACAGUGCUAUGGAUAGAGACCUGCCUGUAUUAAUUAAUUAAUUU